AUGAAGCCCAGAGCAGAGUGCUGUUCCCCCAAGUUCUGGUUGGUGCUGGCCGUCCUGGCCGUUUCAGGCAGCAGAGCUCGUUCUCAGAAGAGCCCGCCCAGCAUUGGCAUUGCUGUCAUCCUCGUGGGCACUUCAGACGAGGUGGCCAUCAAAGAUGCCCACGAGAAAGAUGACUUCCACCAUCUCUCUGUGGUGCCCCGCGUGGAGCUGGUAGCCAUGAACGAGACGGACCCGAAGAGCAUCAUAACCCGCAUCUGUGAUCUCAUGUCUGACCGGAAGAUCCAGGGGGUGGUGUUUGCUGACGACACGGAUCAGGAAGCCAUCGCCCAGAUCCUUGACUUCAUUUCAGCCCAGACUCUCACCCCCAUCCUGGGCAUCCACGGGGGCUCCUCCAUGAUAAUGGCAGACAAGGAUGAAUCCUCAAUGUUCUUCCAGUUUGGCCCAUCGAUUGAACAGCAAGCUUCCGUGAUGCUCAACAUCAUGGAAGAGUAUGACUGGUACAUCUUCUCUAUCGUCACCACCUACUUCCCUGGCUACCAGGACUUUGUAAACAAGAUUCGCAGCACCAUCGAGAAUAGCUUCGUGGGCUGGGAGUUAGAGGAAGUCCUCCUGCUGGACAUGUCCCUGGACGAUGGAGAUUCUAAGAUCCAGAACCAGCUCAAGAAACUUCAAAGCCCCAUCAUUCUACUUUAUUGUACUAAGGAAGAAGCCACCUACAUCUUCGAGGUGGCUAACUCAGUAGGGCUGACUGGCUACGGCUACACGUGGAUUGUGCCUAGUCUGGUGGCAGGGGACACAGACACAGUGCCCUCGGAGUUCCCCACCGGGCUGAUCUCUGUGUCCUAUGAUGAAUGGGACUAUGGCCUCCCUGCCAGAGUGAGGGAUGGAAUCGCCAUCAUCACCACCGCUGCUUCUGACAUGCUGUCUGAACACAGCUUCAUCCCUGAGCCCAAAAGCAGCUGUUACAACACCCAUGAGAAGAGAAUCUACCAGUCCAAUAUGCUGAACAGGUAUCUGAUCAAUGUCACUUUUGAGGGGAGAAAUCUGUCCUUCAGUGAAGACGGCUACCAGAUGCACCCGAAACUGGUGAUCAUCCUUCUGAACAAGGAGAGGAAGUGGGAGAGGGUGGGAAAGUGGAAAGACAAAUCCUUGCAGAUGAAGUACUACGUGUGGCCCCGAAUGUGUCCUGAGACGGAAGAGCAGGAGGAUGACCAUCUGAGCAUCGUAACGCUGGAGGAGGCCCCAUUCGUCAUCGUGGAAAGCGUGGACCCUCUGAGUGGAACCUGCAUGAGGAACACGGUCCCCUGCCAGAAGCGCAUCAUCUCUGAAAAUAAAACAGAUGAGGAGCCAGGUUACAUCAAAAAAUGCUGCAAGGGGUUCUGUAUCGACAUCCUUAAGAAGAUUUCUAAAUCUGUGAAGUUUACCUAUGAUCUUUACCUGGUUACCAAUGGCAAACAUGGGAAGAAAAUCAAUGGAACCUGGAAUGGUAUGAUUGGAGAGGUGGUCAUGAAGAGGGCCUACAUGGCGGUGGGGUCACUGACCAUCAACGAGGAGCGAUCGGAGGUGGUCGACUUCUCUGUGCCCUUCAUAGAGACUGGCAUCAGUGUCAUGGUGUCACGCAGCAAUGGGACCGUCUCACCUUCUGCCUUCUUAGAGCCGUUCAGUGCCGACGUGUGGGUGAUGAUGUUCGUGAUGCUGCUUAUCGUCUCGGCCGUGGCCGUCUUCGUCUUCGAGUACUUUAGCCCCGUGGGUUACAACAGGUGCCUCGCCGAUGGCAGAGAGCCAGGUGGCCCAUCUUUCACCAUCGGCAAAGCCAUUUGGUUACUGUGGGGUCUGGUGUUUAACAACUCCGUCCCCGUGCAGAACCCGAAGGGGACCACCUCCAAGAUCAUGGUGUCGGUGUGGGCCUUCUUUGCUGUCAUCUUCCUGGCCAGCUACACUGCCAACUUAGCUGCCUUCAUGAUCCAAGAGGAGUACGUGGACCAGGUUUCCGGCCUGAGUGACAAGAAGUUCCAGAGACCUAAUGACUUCUCACCCCCUUUCCGCUUUGGCACUGUGCCCAACGGCAGCACGGAGAGGAAUAUUCGCAAUAACUACGCAGAGAUGCAUGCCUACAUGGGGAAGUUCAACCAGAGGGGUGUGGAUGAUGCAUUGCUCUCCCUGAAAACAGGGAAAUUGGAUGCCUUCAUCUACGAUGCAGCAGUGCUGAACUACAUGGCAGGCAGAGAUGAAGGCUGCAAGCUGGUGACCAUUGGCAGCGGGAAGGUCUUUGCUUCCACAGGUUAUGGCAUUGCCAUCCAAAAGGAUUCUGGAUGGAAGCGCCAAGUGGACCUUGCCAUCCUGCAGCUUUUCGGAGAUGGGGAGAUGGAGGAGCUGGAAGCUCUGUGGCUCACAGGCAUCUGCCACAAUGAGAAGAACGAGGUCAUGAGCAGCCAGCUGGACAUCGACAACAUGGCGGGCGUCUUCUACAUGCUGGGGGCGGCCAUGGCUCUCAGCCUCAUCACCUUCAUCUGCGAACACCUCUUCUAUUGGCAGUUCCGGCACUGCUUUAUGGGUGUCUGUUCUGGCAAGCCUGGCAUGGUCUUCUCCAUCAGCAGAGGUAUCUACAGCUGCAUCCACGGGGUGGCCAUCGAGGAGCGCCAGUCUGUGAUGAAUUCCCCCACCGCGACCAUGAACAACACACACUCCAACAUCCUGCGUCUGCUUCGCACAGCCAAAAACAUGGCCAACCUGUCCGGGGUAAAUGGCUCCCCGCAAAGCGCCCUGGACUUCAUCCGCCGUGAGUCAUCUGUCUAUGACAUCUCCGAGCACCGCCGCAGCUUCACACACUCGGACUGCAAAUCCUACAACAACCCGCCCUGCGAGGAGAACCUCUUCAGCGACUACAUCAGCGAGGUGGAGAGGACUUUCGGCAACCUGCAGCUGAAGGACAGCAACGUGUACCAGGACCACUACCACCACCACCACCGGCCCCACAGUAUCGGCAGCGCCAGCUCCAUCGACGGGCUCUACGACUGCGACAACCCCCCCUUCACCACGCAGCCCAGGUCCCUGGGCAAGAAGCCCCUGGACAUCGGUCUCCCCCCCUCCAAGCACAGCCAGCUCAGCGACUUGUACGGCAAGUUCUCGUUCAAGAGCGACCGCUACAGCGGCCACGACGACCUGAUCCGCUCCGACGUGUCGGACAUCUCCACCCACACGGUCACCUACGGCAACAUCGAGGGCAACGCUGCCAAGAGGCGGAAGCAGCAGUACAAGGACAGCUUGAAGAAGCGGCCGGCCUCGGCCAAGUCCCGCCGCGAGUUCGACGAGAUCGAGCUGGCCUACCGCCGCCGGCCGCCCCGCUCCCCCGACCACAAGCGCUACUUCAGGGACAAGGAGGGGCUGCGGGACUUCUACCUGGACCAGUUCCGCACCAAGGAGACCUCGCCGCACUGGGAGCACGUGGACCUGACCGACAUCUACAAGGAGCGCGGCGAGGACUUCAAGCGCGACUCGGUCGGCGGAGGAGGGCCCUGCACCAACCGGUCGCACCUCAAACACGGGACGGGCGACAAGCACGGCGGGGUCGGCGGGGUCCCGGCCCCCUGGGAGAAGAACCUGACCAACGUGGACUGGGAGGAGCGCUCCGGGGGCAACUUCUGCCGCAGCUGCCCGUCGAAGCUGCACAACUACUCGACGGCGGUGGCCGGGCAGAACUCGGGCCGGCAGGCGUGCAUCCGCUGCGAGGCGUGCAAGAAGGCCGGCAACCUGUACGACAUCAGCGAGGACAACUCCCUGCAGGAGCUGGACCAGCCGGCCGCCCCGGUGGCCGCGACGUCCAGCGCGUCCACCGCCAAGUACCCCCAGAGCCCGACCAACUCCAAGGCCCAGAAGAAGACCCGGAACAAGCUGCGGCGCCAGCACUCCUACGACACCUUCGUGGACCUGCAGAAGGAGGAGGCCGCCCUGGCCCCGCGCAGCGUGAGCCUGAAAGACAAGGGCCGCUUCCUGGACGGCAGCCCCUACGCGCACAUGUUUGAGAUGCCGGCGGGCGAGAGCACUUUCGGCAAUGGCAAGGCGGCGGCGCCGGCCGCGGGACAUCACCACCACGGCAACCCCGGCGGCGGCGGCGGCAGCGGCGGCGGCGGCGGCGGCUACAUGCUCAGCAAGUCGCUCUACCCCGACCGGGUCACGCAGAACCCUUUCAUCCCCACUUUCGGGGACGACCAGUGCUUGCUCCACGGCAGCAAAUCCUACUUCUUCAGGCAGCCCACGGUGGCGGGGGCGCCGAAGGCCAGGCCGGACUUCCGCGCCCUUGUCACCAACAAGCCGGUGGUCUCGGCCCUGCACGGGGCUAUGCCAGGCCGUUUCCAGAAAGACAUCUGUAUAGGGAACCAGUCCAACCCCUGUGUGCCUAACAACAAAAACCCCAGGGCUUUCAAUGGCUCCAGCAAUGGGCAUGUGUAUGAGAAACUGUCUAGUAUUGAGUCUGAUGUCUGA